AUGAAUUGGUUUAAACAGACACUCGCAAAUGUCGUGGGAACUGAGGAACCAGAGUAUGGUUCUGCAGGUAUUCGCACGGUAACAGCUCAGGCCGAGAAAACUCCCUACACCGAGUUGACGAAGACCGAUUUGAAAUGGAAGGCUCAAGAGAGCACAAAUGUAGAGACUCAGACCUUCUAUAUGAUCUCAGAUGAGGGUAAAGUCGCAUCUGUUCAGAUGAUUUACAACAAUGUGGCCGGGCUUCGAACAACUUGUCAACUGAAUGUCAAAGUAUUCAACCACAAAGGUCCAAAACAAUCUGACCAUCUUUGGCUUUCAGAUGCACUCGAAAACUAUGGCUUUGACGAGGAAAUGGUUUCGUUCUACGCCGACGGCCUUUCCAUCGCUUUGAACGAAGCUGGUGACGAAUAUACCAUCAAAGCGGCUCGUAAUGAGUCUGGACUCGUUAACCUUGUAUUCAAACGCGCAGCCCCUGGCUUCCAGGUGGGAGAGAAUGGAACCACCUACUACGGUACUGAUCCCGCCGCACCAUGGGGAGAGAUGAGACAUCGAUUCUGGCCUCGUUGCACCGUCACCGGUACAAUCACCACACCCGAGAAGAACUACGACUUCAAAGGACGCGGAAUUUUCAUUCACGCCAUUCAAGGCAUGAAGCCUCAUCAUGCUGCAGCAAAAUGGAAUUUUGUAACUUUCCAAACACCUACCUACUCCGCUAUCAUGAUGGAGUUCACAACCCCUGCUUCUUACGGCCACACCUCUGUGAAUGUUGGAGGUAUUGUAAAGGACGGCGAGAUCGUGUACGCCGGUGCUACCAACACUGUAAGGCAUACUGAGUCGAAGGAAGACCCGGAGACUAUGUGGCCCGAACCUAUCUCAGCUGAGUAUAAAUGGGAAGGCAAGAGCAAAUCUGGUGAAUUCUCUGCAGUCCUCAGUGGACCGCUCGGAGAAAGGACCGACAGAGUUGAUAUUCUAUCCCACAUUCCCAGCUUUAUCAAAUCGGUUGUUGGAGGAGUUGUGGGAACCAGACCUUUCUGUUACCAGUGGGCUAUCCCUCCAACUGACUCCCUCGUCCUUAAGAUUAAGGAUGGCGAGACAGCUGUGGAGGAGCAAGGCACACUCUUUGGUGAAUCAACCUUCAUCUUGUAG